UGUGCAGUACUGUAUUACAUUCAGAAGAUUCAGUAGAUCUAGUCACUCUAUAAUGUCUCUUGUUAUACAUAUAUGAAUAUCUGAGGCAUCAAGUUGCCUUUCAUUCCACUUUUGACUUUUCAUGACAGAAUGUCCGUAUUUAGUGUUCUGUAAUGUAGUCCCGAUGAGAGGCGAAUGCUCUUUGUUCAUUAUAUUUUAUGUGCCUAGUUUUAAAAUAACGAUCGUUAUGUAAUGUCGCCCGCAACCCCUCUGCCCCAAUCUAACGUUUGUUUUGCAGACUGUUUUGAAUGCAAGUCAGUUUGAAAAAGCUAUAGUAGUGCUUGAGAGUUCAAUAUUUAAUCACUUUGUACAGUGUUGUCAUUUUAAGUGUGGUGUACAGUUAUACCAUAAAAACAAUUUAACGCAAAUACUCAGAAUUUGCACACAAGUGAUGGUGACGUGAUUUACUUGUAAGGAACCAACAGUGUGUGUCCGUAAGAAUGAACAGUACAGUAUGUGAUGUCUUUGAAAAUGCCAAUGACGGUAAGUGUAAUUUACCAUUAUUUCAUUGCUUAACAUAAAAUGCUAUGCCAAAUUAACGUUGUCAGAAACAAGCCCAUAAACAUCGCGUUAUUAUUACAGAACUGCAGUGUGAACGUUCUGCUAUCACCCAAAUGAUUUUCUAACGACGGCCUGCCGUUGUCGCCUCCGUGUGGUCUUCGGGCGAAUCGAUGGAAUUUAACAAGGCAAUGUUUUUCUCGCAUCAGAGACUGAGAGACUGGGGAUGACAAGACGUCGGGUCAGACCUGCUUAUUCAAGCCGUGUCAUCAAGACAGUUGAUGUGGUGAAACAGAAUGCGGCAACCCGGUAGAAGAAUUGGGCUCAAUCUCUGCGGAGGAAAUGAGUAUUAACCUUCAGCGUCGCUUGCUUCUCUUCAUGGAGUCAUCGGGUCGGACUUUGAGGUCUCUAACUGCUUCCCGUGGAUUAACGCAAAGAUCGACUUCACUGUAAUCUAGAUGUUAAAGUUAGAAUUUGUGGACUGUACCCCCGCUUCAAGUGCGUACAGUUGCGUGCGUAGACGAGCUUUUACUUCCUUCGUGGUCAGAGAAACUCGACACUGAGUGAGUCUGGAUUAGACCAGCGGACACUUGUUGAAAUACAAUAUAGCGAGAAAAGCUUGGAUCCAUUGCUUGGGACCUGAGCUAACGUUGUUAGCAAGGUGAUUGCUAACGGGGCACUCUACUUUCUUUAGUAGAAGAACUAAAGAUCUUGAAAGAGGCUUGCACACAUACAUGUCUGCCAACUAUUUGCCGAAGUAUUGUCUCGACAAGUUGGUGAAGUGCUUUGGUGCAAGAUGGUCUGGACGGAUUUGACACCAGUUUAGCUAACCUAGCGACUAGCUGCAGCGCUUUUCUAUCCGUUCACCUCCAUAUUAUGUUGUUAGCUUUGACAGCCAUGUCAACGUCAAACUCCUCCAAGUGGCCGCUGGCAAUGUGUCAAUAUGAAGUUCUGUUGUGUCAUUAACUUGGCUUUAUCGAAAUAUCCCUGUCAGAUUUUUUUUCAGUGAAAGUCAUCGACUUUGACGUGCAAGCACUUAAUUGCGAAUCCGCCAUAUAGAAAUUUAUUUAACAAUUUCUCCAUUAUUCAAACGUUGACCCACAAGGAAUGUGUGCUCUUUUUAAAUGCAGACAUAUGUAUAUAUAUCUAUUUUUUACUUUAUCCAAUGGAGUGCCUACUGAGAAACCUUGAAAAAUAGAUUCGAAGCACCGCUGCCGACUCCUCUCCCCAAGAAUCUGAAGUUGUAGAACAAUGUCCGGCUCUCCGGGAACAGGGGGCUCGAACCCCAGGAAGUUCAGUGAAAAGAUUGCACUGCAUAACCAGAAGCAAGCAGAGGAAACGCGAGCCUUCGAGCAGCUGAUGACGGACCUCACGGUCUCAAGGGUGCAGUUCCAGAAGAUCCAGCAGCUUCGUUUGUCUCAAUCACGACCACAGUACUAUGGCGGCUCUUUGCCCAAUGUCAAUCAGAUUGGGAAUACAAGCUCCGAAUUUCAGGGAGGCUUUCCAUCAGCGUUGGAUUCUGUAAGAGGUACUCGCCACCACGGAUUAGUUGAGAGGGUCCACAGGGAACGCAACCGCAUCAACUCUCCCCAUCGCAGGCCUAUUGACAAGCAUGGACGGCAGAUAGAGAGUUCUCCAUAUGGAACCGUAUACCUGUCCCCACCUCCAGACAACAACUGGAGAAGGGAUCAUCCCCCAUGGAGUGAGGAAAAGCGGCCUGGCUUUAGAUUAAUAUCACAGCUCAACAGAACCAACUCAGACUCUGCUCUUCAUACAAGUGUGAUGAACCCAAACCCACAGGACCACUUCAGCGUGAACCAGCAGAUGGGUCAUGGUCCCCCACAGCGCAAUGGUUGGCAUACAGCUAGUGUAAAUGAGGCAAAGGUGGAUGGGUCUGGAGACAUCUUUUCUUUCCCCACCCUACCUAGUGAGGAGGGUCUCAUAGGUGUCAGUAAACCCCUCCCCAAACAGCUGUGGGAAGCCAAGAAGGUCCAGACUCUUGCAUCAAGGCCUAAAUCAUGUGAAGUGCCUGGGAUCAAUAUUUUCCCAUCUCCGGAGCCAAACCCUGGAUUCUCCCACUACCAGGGCUCAUUAAAUACAGGAGGCUCCCUACCCGAUCUCACCAACCUACACUUCCCGUCCCCUCUCUCAACUCCAUUGGACCCAGAAAACAACGGCGGCUACCCCAAUCUCAGCGGAGGUAGCAGCACUGGGAAUUUGCCGGCUGCCAUGAUGCAUCUUGGCAUUAACAAUUCGCAGGGCCUCUCCUCAUCUCUGAGUAAUCCCACAAUUCAAGCUUCCCUCAACAACUGCCAGCUGCAGUCUUCUCUCAGCAAUCCCUCCAUAAAUUCCUCUCUGCGUCUUUCUGGUAACUCCCCUCGGCGAAGACCACCACCCAUCAGCCCCCUCACCCUGUCUCCUGGUCCAGAGCAGCGUCGGGGUCUGUCGAAGCAGCUGUCUCCCACCAUGUCCCCGUCAUUGUCUCCCAUCACACAGGGAGUUGCUUUAGAUACCAGCAACAUGCCAAGGGAGCCACCUCCUCCCUAUCCUCUCUACCAGCAAUCCCAGCAUGCAGUGGACCAGGCACAUCAGUGCCACCAGCAGCAGCAGCAGCAGCUUGUUUCUACUCUGGACUUCAACCCAAGCCAACACAACAAUUUUGCACCCCUCUUCAGUGACUCAUUCAUGGAGCAACAGUUCUUCAGUCGCCACAACAAAACCCUCCCGUACCAGUCGGACCAGUUCAGUAUGUUGGAAAAUGCGAUGAACUCCACAGCGGGUGGCUCUUUCUUCGACCCUUCCCUGUCCUCUCUGUACUCCUCCCAGUCAGCCCUCGCAGGGCUUGGGGGCAGCCAUGGCAACCUGCAUGAGCCCAGGCAAAUGGCUUCUAGCAUGCUGUACUCCAACUGCAGCGGAGGGCUGCCCAACAUCAUUCUUACUGAUGAGUCCAACCCCAGUUUAUCAAAAGACUUCAGCGGCGUUCUCUCGACGGUGCCAGAGUGUUUUGACUCGGAGGGAGGCUUCCCGCUGGAAGAUGAGCUGCACAUAGAGCCCCUCAGCCUGGACGGUCUGAGCAUGCUCAGCGAUCCCGACAUGGUACUGCCAGACCCAUCUGUGGAGGAUACCUUCCGCAGUGACAGACUCUGAAUGGGACAUUUUUAUCUCCCUUUGAUCAAUACACACACGCACGCACACACACACACACAUACACACACAGUCACAUUUGCAGUAUAAAGAGCAAAGUGCAUGAACCUGAAUAUGCAUGUGUUCGAUCGGGCGAUGGUGCAUGCAUUGACUGCCACUAAAAAUCAUCAAAUGUGAAUGAUGUGGACACAGUACACGGAGACAUGAACACACACACAUACACACGCACGCACAUGCUUUUGAGGAAGUUGGAUGUUAAAGAAACCUGAUUUAUGCCUGCUCCAUGCAAAGGCAUCCUCACACUUGCUUCAGCUCAUGUUUGUCAUUUGUGGUCAUGGGAGUCACCCCCUAGGCUGCCCUGCCCACUGGAAUCAAAAAGUCCUGAGCCAAACAUAUGAGCUGAUCUAUUGAGGAGUGUGGGCCAUCCUUCUGUCACCCUUCUCAGCCAACCCUCGUCGCCACGGCAGCAACGCUGCCAAGGUUACUUACCAUGGCAAUCCCAAGAACCAUGCCAACACCCAAUUUACUUUUUUUUUCACUGCUCCCGUAAUCAGAAUCAGAUGAGAGGUUCUCUGCUGGAGCGGUGGCGUGUGACAGAGGUAAACAUCCGCUUCCCUCUAGCUGAGGUAUCAAACUGCUUCACGCUCUCGAACAAUCGUAUUAGGAAAAAGAAUAGGAGCAUCGCAGGUGUCAGUUGGAAUCUAGAACAGAUUCCUUCGGAGGUGUUUGCCACAGAGAUCGAUUAAUAAACGAAGUUGCAAUUUUUGUAUGAUUCGAAUGUACUACAAAACAAAAAGGGCAAACUGUUUACAAAGAUAUUAUUUUGAGUACGUGUUACUAAAGAAUACAAAUGUUUGGAUUUAUAACGAAGAGCUCAAAUUCUCAUAUGUGCUGCAAAAAAAAGGCUAGAUGUCCCCUCAGUGGGGGAAUGUUGUAUGCAUUAAUUUUAAAAGAUGAAAAUAAGAUUUUGACACGUUUUUUUUUAUGAUUACCACAUCCGUGUAUUGUAUUUGAAGUUUUGUACCAACUUGUACUGGCGCUUGCACUGGGCUUCAAUGUUGUGAGAAAGGGCAUGCGCUGUACUGCUGUGCAUCACUUGGGUUUGCAGUACAGUCGACCCCCCGCCCGCCCGCGCCCCCGCGUGGCUCAACAGACAAAGUGGCUGAGUGCAGACGACGCACGUGGACACGGGACAACAUGGAACAUUGCACUUCAUGUCUUUUGCACUGAUUGGCACACGGAGUCUUAAUCCGCACGAACGUUAGUUUCUUUUUUUCUUUUUUUUAAGCACGACAACCCAAAGAAGUUGAAUGAAGCCAUGACGAAGAAGAUGACACUUGUGUAAAUUAAUUUCCUGAGAAUUUAAUACAUACUUUUGAAAUCAUUUCGGGCAUUGAGUGCCCCUGUUGCCCGUUUCACUGAAAAAGGGGAAUGCAAUUCAAAAAGCUAUAUUUUGAAUAUCGUUAACGAAAGGAUAAAGAGCAUUGUUCUGGUUUUGCUCUUUUAGCUAUGCAAUUGUUUUCUGUUUCAACCCCACGCCACCACCUGUUGAACAGGUGCGUCAUGUAAGCUAUGCAGUGCAGCUAACCCUGCGGGUUUUUAAUAUAUAUAUUUUUUUUAUGGGCAGAACAUAUUGUGAAGUCACAAUAUUACCUGUGUCCGGUGUCCACGGUGUUUCUCGUUCAGUCUGCUCUUGCGGGUUGUCACCAGAUGGAUAACUGGGGUGUUACCAGUGCCAUGAGAAACGGCACGACAUCGAGAGCUCCCUCUUUACGGCACUGUUUGCAUUUUACUUUUCAGUCAGGUGAUGCCCGGCGACAGAGAAAUUUCACCUUAUGAUAUCAAAAAUGAAGGGGGUGUUGGAGUUUGUUUAUCAGAGUUCAUAUUUAGUUUGAGCUUCCAGACCUUUGUGCUGGCUCUGUUGUAAACACCGUUAGACAGUGGGAUCACUGCGUGUGAUGGAGCCACUUCUCUUGUUUGUUUUUCCUUAUGUCUAAAUGCAUCUAAAGUGAAUUUUGUCUGUCCCCCUACCUGUUUCCGGGGUUCUCUCUUGCUGUCUCUCAAUGCCUACCUUCUGCUGCCUUAAAUGUGUAUUUGUACUUUUUAUAUUCCAGCUAGCCACUGCUUCUCUCUAGUUGUAUCAGCUGCCUCUGGUUCUUUUCUGUCAACUUAGUAUCAAUUUUUUUGGGAGUGUGUCUUACUUUUUAGUCACAUAUGUACAGGUCUGUUAUUUAAAGAAAUGUCCACUCGUGUUACUACUUCUUUUGUCAUUUGAUCUGCGUCUUUAUGGUUCCUCACAUAAAAGUAAACUGUCUUGGUUUUUAAUAUAUGUUUAGUGCUUACCCUUUUGGUUUAAUAGAAACAAUAAAAGUCAUAACAGUACAUUAAGA